AAAGCCAGGAGAGCCAUUGUAGGGAGCAGAAUUGUACCGGGAGGGAGAGCGUCCUCUUCGGGGACGGUCGGAUGCGGUGCGGGGCACGUGCUCUCAGCAAGUGAGGAAGGGGGAGCUGGCACUCUCCUCGUUCCACAGCGACAUGGGGCGGAUCUAACAGGGGGCCACCUCCUCCUCCGAGCCCCUCUCAUUGGCUGCUUAGAGAUGCUCUUGGCUCCUGGCCCGUCCGUUAAAUGGAGCGCUCAUUAGAGAGCAAUUUCCAUUGACAAAAGCGUCGGGGGAGAAAGUGCUGGUGGAAAGGGGAGACGAGACCGAGCUCAAGCAGGGUUCAGGGGGAAGCGUCGGCUGGGGCGGGAAUCUGCACCUCCACGCACUGUGACUUUCGGGGGGCAAAGCGCGCUCUGUGCCCGAGGUGGAUUAUUCCUUUUCCUGCAGCUGCACUUAUCGGUGUGUUUCCGGCUCUUUGGAUGAGAAGCGCUGCGUGGUGUUGCUGAGAGGAGAAGAGUCCCGAGGGCCUGACAGGCGCGGCUAGAGACGAAGCAGAGGCGGAUGCUGUAGCAGAGCCCAGCCUGCGAAGGUGGGGGAGGGGGGCCUCAUGCUCGGAGACGGACUUGCUGACCCGCUGCUCGGCCAGCCUCCCGCCCCGAACCCCCUGCUGUGGCUGUGAAGAUGGGUGGCCCCGCUCCUCCGCGUGUCUCGCCCGAGUUUCCGCACCAGAAUGGACCGUGAUGACUCCCACAAAGCGGGGACAGCAUCGCCGCCGGCACCAGCAGUACCACCUACUCCAGCGGCGGCGGCGGCGGCAGCUGAAAACUCAGCUGUAAUGGAAACUGGGGGCGAUGCCAGAUCGGCACCUCCGCGGGGGGGAGGCAGAGCAGGCGGCAGCGGCGGGUUUACAGCUGCUGGUGCUGCAGAACCCGUCGGUUUCCAAGCGGCGGCUGCUGCUACUCCUCUUGCUCCCGCUCCUGCGGGUGGAAAGGGCAUGAAUAUUGAUAGAUCAGGCGGCGGCGGCGGCAGCGGCAGCAGCAGCGUGGCGGGUAUGGACCCUGCUGCAAUGCCGAAGGGAAGCAGAGCCGCGCGCCCCGCCCCUCUUCCCCGUGUGCCUUAUGCCAAGGAUCCCAAAAUAAUCCACCAGCGCUUUCUGCGGAGGAGCGUGGUGGAUUCCGACCAGGAGGAGCCCACCUUCGAGCCCUCGGAACCGGAGCAGCAGCAGAAGAAGAUCAUCCUCUUCUCCAAAACGAAGAGAAUAAUUGCAGAGAGGGCGAAAGCAGGACAGAGGACUGCGGAAGAGCCGGGGCUUGUGGAAGAGCUCGCUGGGCCGGCUAAGGAGGCGGCCCCUGAAAGCCUAGCAGCAGGUGACGAGCAGAAAGAGAGCGGCAAGGAUGCCGAGAAAAAAGCGCUGGAAGCUGUCAAGGAUCAGAGCAAGUCCAAGAAAGAGGAGCCCGAGGAAGAGGAGGAGGAGGCCGAUAUGAAAGCGGUGGCCACUUCCCCGGAUGGCCGGUUUCUCAAGUUUGAUAUUGAACUUGGACGGGGGUCUUUCAAAACGGUCUACAAGGGGCUAGACACCGAGACCUGGGUGGAAGUGGCUUGGUGCGAACUUCAGGACAGAAAGCUGACGAAAGUGGAAAGGCAGAGAUUUAAAGAGGAAGCAGAGAUGUUGAAAGGUCUUCAGCACCCAAACAUUGUUAGGUUUUAUGACUUUUGGGAAUCAUGUUUGAAAGGAAAGAAGUGCAUUGUGCUGGUGACAGAACUGAUGACCUCUGGGACCCUGAAAACGUAUUUGAAGAGAUUUAAAGUGAUGAAACCAAAAGUGCUUCGUAGCUGGUGUCGGCAAAUCCUGAAGGGUCUCCUGUUCCUACACACUAGAACUCCACCCAUCAUUCACAGAGACUUAAAAUGUGACAAUAUUUUUAUAACUGGACCAACUGGAUCUGUGAAGAUAGGAGACUUGGGUCUGGCAACUCUCAAAAGAGCUUCAUUUGCCAAAAGUGUAAUAGGUACUCCAGAAUUUAUGGCUCCGGAAAUGUAUGAAGAACACUAUGAUGAAUCAGUGGAUGUAUAUGCUUUUGGAAUGUGUAUGUUGGAAAUGGCUACCUCGGAAUAUCCAUAUUCAGAAUGCCAGAAUGCUGCUCAAAUUUACAGGAAAGUGACCUGUGGUGUCAAGCCAGCAAGUUUUGAUAAAGUUACUGAUCCUGAAAUCAAGGAGAUAAUUGGAGAGUGUAUUUGCAAAAAUAAAGAAGAAAGAUAUGAAAUUAAAGAUUUACUAAGCCAUGCCUUUUUUGCUGAAGAUACUGGGGUAAGAGUGGAACUUGCAGAAGAAGAUGAUGGUAGGAAAUACUCUAUUGCCUUAAGACUCUGGGUAGAAGAUCCUAAGAAACUGAAAGGAAAACCCAAAGAUAACGGAGCCAUUGAGUUUACUUUUGAUCUGGAGAAGGAAACUCCUGAUGAUGUUGCACAAGAAAUGGUUGAUGCUGGAUUUUUUCAUGAGAGUGAUGUCAAAAUAGUUGCAAAGUCAAUACGGGAUAGAGUAGCAUUAAUACAGUGGAGAAGAGAAAGAAUUUGGCCCUUGUUACAAUCAGAAGAUAAUCGAGAUCCUGACAGUUUAGAAAAAAUGAAGAUCCCACAAGCACAACCAGUUCAGGUUACGUACCUUUCACACACUGGUCAUCACAUCCUGUCAGAACCAGAAGAGCCUGAAGCUGACCAGCAUCUUUCUCAGCAGAAUCUACCCGCAAGCGUGACUUCACUUGCAUCUGAUAGCACAUUUGACAGUGGUCAGGGUUCAACUGUCUAUUCAGACUCCCAGAGCAGCCAGCAAAGUGUCAUCUACUCAUCUAUGCCUGAUGCAAUACCUCCUGCUAUUCAGCGGGUUUUUAGCCCACCUCUCAGUGAAAGUCAGGCUUUGCCCCAUACUCUUCAGCAGCCGGGACCCUUCCAGCAGCCUGCAGUUCCUGGACUCCCAGUGGUUCAGGCUCCACCUGCUGUUGUCACCCAGCGACCACAACAUUAUCAAGAACCAGCAAUCCCAUUCCCUGUUGUCCAUCCCACCUCAGUUGCCCCCAUGCAGAUGGGACAACCUCAGACUGUAUUAGCCAGCCAGCAGCAAUCCAUCCCACCUCCAGCUCCUCUACCACAAGUUCUAGCCAGCCAGCCCAUUUGCCCAGUGCAGCAGCCUGCACCUCAACUAUUACCCCAAUAUCAAACUCCCACUUCUCAGGUGGCAGCUACCAGUACACAACUGACACCUCUACAGAUUCCCCCUUUGCAGGCAGUCCCACCUGGCCAGAUUCCUCAGUUUCCUGUCAUUCCUGCAGUUACUCCUCUGGCAGGACUUGACAGCCAUCCUCCAAACCUGUCUGAUAUACCUGCUGCAAAUGUACCCCCUAUACCUGCUCCUUCUCAGUAUUUUCCUCCAGCUGUGAUUGUACCAAGCCUCCCUGUGAACCCUGCUCUGCCACAGACAUCAAAUUCCCCUGCCCUACCCAUGCAAGCGGUCAACCUUCCUCAUCCUACUGUGGCUUCCUUGGUCUUGCCCUGCCAAACAAUUGUGCCAAAUAUGCCGGCUGCUCCGAUACCAUUAUUGGCUGUGGCUCCACAAGGGCUCUCAGCCUUGCCAACACAUCAUGCGGUAGCCCAGCUCUCCCAACAGCAAAUAUACCAGGCUACCCUCCAGCAGAUAAUUCAGAGUGAAGUUCUUCCCUCUCCCCAUCACACUCAGAACAUGCAAGCUGUUUCACAACAGCAGCAGCUGCUGCCUCCACUUCCGCAGUCACUUCAACCAAGCAUAAUUCAUCCUUCAGAACAGACUAUGUCUGCAUCUGGGGCUGGUAAUCAGAUUAUUGGACAGUCUCACUAUGCUGUGGAUAUUGGAACCCAGAUGCCAGUGCAGCCUUCUGCAGUUAUGUCACCACCUUUGCAGUUACAGCCUGAAAUAUUGCCUCCCUGCACUGGUCCAGAAGGCCUUUCGCAUACCAUCCUUGCUACUGCUAAUGCAGCAAUGCCUAAAGAUCAAGCUUUGCCUCUCCAGUCUACUGGCUACCUCCAACCUCAGCCAGACAAUCACCAGCCUCCGGGUCAACACAUUCAACCCCAGUCCUCAGUUGUUCCACAGGCUACAGAAGCUGCUCAAGAGGAGCAUGCAAUAUUGGAGAAGCAGCAAAGUUUGUCACAGAUCUGUGAAAGCUAUAUGAGUCCUGAUGUUGCUUCUGGCAAGGAGAUGAGUGACAGCUUUGAAGGAACAAGUGGAAGUGGGAAACAAGAAGGAAAGCCUUCUAAGAAACAUAAGAAAUCAACACGUGCUCGUUCUCGUCAGGAAAAGUCCAACCGGCCUAAACUAACAAUUUUAAAUGUAUGCAAUACAGGGGAUAAGAUGGUGGAAUGUCAGCUAGAAACACACAAUCACAAAAUGGUCACAUUUAAGUUCGAUUUAGAUGGUGAUGCUCCAGAAGAAAUUGCUACUUACAUGGUAGAAAAUGAAUUUAUAUUGCCAACUGAGAAAGAGAUAUUUAUUGAGCAACUGAAAGAGAUUAUUGACAAAGCAGAAGAUAUGCUUAGUGAAGAUACAGAAGGGGAACGAAGUUCUGAUCAGGCUGCAAGCCCUCAGCAAGAUGCCUACAGACUGGAGGUCAAAGAGGAGAAUCGGCAGUCCCAGGCAAGAAUGCCAGUGUAUCAACAGAAUGUUCUACAUACAGGAAAACGCUGGUUUAUUAUUUGUCCUGUUGUGGAAAAUCCAGCUGCUGAAGUACCAGAAUUAUCUUCAUCCAUUCCUCAAAGUGAAAAGAAGGCUGAAGUUUCAGAUUUAGAUCAGUUGGAUGAUCAGCAGCACAGCUCUAGUGGGACAAACAAAAAAAAUAAUUUGGCUUAUCAGAAGCUUUCCAGUCAAAGGAGCAACUAUGAGAGUCCCAGAGGAACACCUCCACCUUCUCCUCUGACACAAGCCUCUGCUACAGUGUCAACAUCCCUUUCACAGGCCCAGCCAGAAACGUCAGCUGCAGCACCCCCAGGAUUGACUCCAUAUGUUCUAGAACAGGUUGCUGAAUAUAAAGGUAGACCAGAAUGCCCUCCACUACAGCCUGUUGUAGCCAGUCAGCCAGAUGUCCCUGCCCAUAGUGCGACUUCAGUUGAAGACCAGGCAAAACUUCCUCUGAAUCCCCCACUGCAGGCACUACAACGAACAGAUGAAAAGACUUGUGUCCCAGAUGAACAUUGUACUACUGGGCUGCCAAAAAUGACUCAGUCUGUUCCUGUACUGGCAGAGGAAGUCUGCCCACUCCCUGUUGCGUGUGAUGCUACUAUUUUGGAACACCAGCCUUCAACACAAAUCUCCCAUCCGUCAGAUACAAGUCAGCCUGGCAUGAUGCAGCAUUCUUCUGUAGGCCAGAUACUUCCUGUGUCUGCUGUCCCUGAUCCUCCAGCAGCAGCUCAGCUUUCAAGUCCCCCCAACAUCUCAGUAGCCGCAUCUCAGCUGCACGUAAUACCAACCCCAUCCCAGGCUGUAUCGGGUACUGGCCUUGCUGCUAGUGCACCUCAGCCACCUUGUGCAGUGGAGUCAGAUGGUGAAGGGCCACCCAGAGUUGAUUUUGCUGACAACACCAUAAAAAGUUUGGAUGAGAAACUGCGAAAUCUGCUCUACCAAGAGUACGUCCCAACGUCUUCUGCAUCAGCGGCUACCCCAGACAGCUUUGUACCUUUAGACCAGGGAGAUGGUGAAUUUAACUUGGCACUUUUGCCCCCACUUGUGCUGGAUUUGAAAGUUCCAGGAACUGGUAUGGAUGUUAAUGUGGCUGAGGACCAACCUGCUCCGAACACAACUUCUCCUGUUCUGGUGAGAAAAUCAGAUGUUACUUCUACCAGCAUCAAUCCCACAGAAAUAAGCCAUGGAGCAACAAGCAGAGCAGGUCACGCUGCAAGCACUUCAGCUUCUUUUGCCAUACCAUCAAGACUCCCUCAGGUUGCUCUUUCAUCAUCAAAUCUAGCUGACCAUAAAGAAGCUUGUAAGAUGAAUGAAAAGGAAACUGCUGUAACUUUACUUGAAGAAGAGCAAAAUAAAUCUCAAAGAGAGGACUCUGUAGACUCCAGUCUUUCUGGGAAACAAACUGAAACACCAGCAAAAACGAUUGGCAGAUUUUCAGUGAUCAGCACACAGGAUGAGUUAACAUUACCAUCCUUGCAUUCCUUGAGGUAUUCUGCACCACCAGAUGUUUAUCUAGACGAUCAGCCUUCCAGCCCUGAAAGGAUGACAUCGUUUCGGCGUGUGCAGACAGCCUCCUCUAUUGAUGUCCUUUGUGGUCAUGAUUCUAGUGAUUCUGGAGAUGAAUCUCUUCAGAGAAAACCAGCUGUUGCUCCACCAUCACCUCAGAGCAGUAGUGCAGGAAAGGCCUCAUCUUUUCUGCAGAAAUCUGGAAAGUCAAGUUCUCAAGGCCUUGAUUCCCCCAAUGGCCAUGGCACAAAAAUCCCAACUAUCAACAUAACUUCUUUCCACUCACAGUCAUCAUACGUGAGCAGUGACAAUGACUCGGAGUUUGAAGAUGCAGACAUGAAGAAAGAAUUGCAGAACCUGAGGGAAAAACACAUGAAAGAAAUUGCUGAGUUGCAGACUCAACAGAAGAGAGAAAUAGAAGCUUUGUACAUUCGGCUAGGAAAACCUUUGCCACCCAAUGUGGGGUUCCUUCAUUCUGCCCCACCAAGUGGCCGUCGAAGAAGAACCAGCAAAAAUAAAUUAAAAACUGGAAAAUUAUUGAACCCAGUCAUUCAACAGCUCAAAACAACAACAUCCAAUACAAGCAAUGUAUCAGACUGCAAAGACACUUCGGCUAAAGAUAAUACUAAAGCUCAUAUGAGUUCUACUGAAGCCACAGCACUAACUUCAUCUACAUCGGCCAUACUUGGAAAAUCAGUUCAAACACAGCAGCCCUGCUCUGUCAAGGCCUCUUUGUCCUCUGACAUCUGCUCUGGAUUAGCUACUGAAGGAGGAGAUCCUCAUGGAAAUGCUGGCCAAGGCUGGACGGUUUUCCACCAAACGUCUGAGAGAGUGACCUAUAAAUCUAGUAGCAAACCUCGUACCAGAUUCCUCAGUGGACCUGUGUCUUUGUCCAUCUGGUCCACCCUGAAACGACUAUGUCUAGGCAAAGAUCACAGUAGUAGAUCUUCCACUAACAGCCUUGUAGCCUAUCCGGACCCUCUGCCACAAACAACACUACAGGUGCAAGUGCAAGCAAACAACAGCAACAACAAGAAAGGAACUUUCACAGAUGACCUCCAUAAGCUGGUGGAUCAAUGGACAAGCAAAACCAUGGGAGCUGUUCAGGCCAAACCCUCCUUGAACCAGCUGAAGCAGAACCAAAAACGGCAAGACAUGGAGCCCAAGGCUAAUCCCAGGCAGACACAGAAUGAGAUGUGUGGAGUUAAUACAGUAAGAACAGGAAUGGGGGAAAAAUGCAUUGUUCCAGUGUCUUGCCCAAUGCCAGCUGCAUUAACUCCUGGAGUUUCACCAUCCAUGCCAGUGCCUAUGCCAGGUACUUCCCUUUCUGGCACAAUAAAACCUUAUAUGAUGCCUCUUUGUCAAUAUGGAGGAGUUUUCCCUACACCUGUUUUUGGAGUGCAGUGGCCAGGCCCGACGGCGCAGCCUGGGACUGGAGGAGGCCGGAGCGUGGCACAGUUUCCAGCUCUGGGCAAAACUGGCUUGCCGCUCUUCCCAGUGCCUCUGCAGCAACCUGCUGUCAGCCCCCCAGGCCCUAACUUGAGAAUAACCUAGCUUUGCCACCGCCUGACAGCCGAUGGUGGUUUCCAAAAUGUGUAAAUGCAGAGUGUCUGAGAGCCUAUAUGCAGCUAUGUGUUUACCUGCCUGCACUUUGUUCAGGCCUGCUAGUGCACACAGCCACACACGGCAUCAAGCAAUCACUGUGAAAUGUUUUCACACCGAUUAGUUUGUUCUCAUGGCAAUAUUUGCUUCUCCUUCAUUGCCGAAGACACUUGAUUUUGUGCUCUGGUGUUUGAAACUGCAACCUUCAAUAUUGAUGUACUUGAAUUGAUGGUUAGACAACUGUAUUAAUACUGCAGGAGUAUAGUGCCUUGAAUUCAAGCUUUUCAGUUCUAGCUGGAAAGAUGUUUAAAAAAAGACUUUGAAAGGUGUAUUUUAUUUACAAUCUGCUUGUGUGGGGUUAUAUCUUAAUAUUUUUAUUUGCAAAAAGUAUAAAUAUAUAUAUGUGUAUAUAUAUAUAUAUAUAUAAAAAUUGAAAGUUUACAUUUGAGACUCUUGACCAGUUUUGUUCCAUUUUCUCCUGUAAAUGCUUUUAUUUCAACUGGUAGUAAAAUGAUGAGUUUAAACUGGUAGUUUAAAUGUUUAUGGGGAGUUCUUAGACCUAUAUGGAUCAAAGUCUCUCUUAAUUUGAAUAAAGCAUAAUGAAAUGAACAACUUUGUUUUUAAAAUAGGAGCAUUUACAGGAGCUUUAAAGUAAAUGGUUGUAUAUAUGUGUGCAGGUAAUAGCUUCGGGCAGUGCAAUUCACUUUGCUAUGCAGUCUUUCUGGAAAAGCUGUUACAAGUAACAACUUCUGUUUCUAUUUGAAAUUGCAAAUUGGCGGGCAAAUGCCCCCCCCCCCGGCCUCUUGUUUAGCUGCAGAAUUUCUCCUCUUCUGAACAAACUAUGUAAUUGAGUUAAAUUACAAAUCCAUGCAUGUUUCAUAUGUUAAAUAAACCUAAUCAGAAUCUUGAUUAUAGGAGAGCCCAUCCCAAAGUUACUAUAAGAGCUAUGUAAGUACAGAACUUUGCUUGCAUGUUAUCUGCCUUUAUUCCAUCAGUGGUCCUAGUCCAGAACAAUCUUUUAUCACUGCAAUGCAUACAGUAUUCUCACUGAAAUGGAAUUAAAAUUGACGCUUUCUUUCAA